AUGAUGAUGGUGAUAGAAUUCGAGAUUUGGGUUGCGUUGAGGAUGAGACUGAAACUAGACAUGGUUCCGACUCAGGCGAGAAGAGUUUCUCCAUACUUCCAGGGAUCCACUGUUUCACAACGGUCCAGAGAGGGCUGCGAUUCUGAUAGUGUUGCUUCUCAAAGUGGAAGAAGUUACAGGAAAGAAAGCAGAAAACUUCAAGCUAAGGUCCCAAGAGUUUCACCAUACUUUCAGGGAUCAACUGCUUCAGAACAGCCUGACCCGCCAAGGAAUUUGCGUCAGUAUUUUAAGGUCGUGAAAGUAUCAAGAUAUUUCCAUCAAGUAAAUGAAACACAAAAGGAGAGAUCAUCAGGAAGGGUGAGGAAAACUCCUCUUGUGAGCCCUUCACUCUCCCAAUGUCAGAAGACCAAUGAGGCAUAUCUGCGGAAAACGCCGGAUAACACAUGGGUGCCUCCACGAUCUCCAUGCAAUCUGCUUCAAGAAGACCAUUGGCAUGAUCCAUGGCGGGUGCUGGUCAUAUGUAUGCUUCUCAACAAAACAUCUGGUGCACAGACGCGGCGAGUGAUAUCAGACUUGUUUGCACUGUGUCCUAAUGCAAAGACUGCAACAGAAGUUGAAGAAAAGGAGAUAGAGAUUCUGAUAAAACCUCUUGGAUUACAGAAGAAGAGAGCCAAAAUGAUGCAACUGUUUUCCUUUGAGUAUCUUCAAGAGAGCUGGACUCAUGUCACUCAACUGUAUGGCGUUGGAAAGUAUGCAGCGGAUGCGUAUGGGAUAUUCUGUAAUGGAAAGUGGGAUUGUGUGAGACCUGAUGAUCAUAUGCUAAACUAUUACUGGGAGUUCCUCAGGAUUCGCUGGGGCAUGAAAAUUGAGGGUCAAAUGGCUAUGCGGCUUUCUCAAAUAUAA